AUGGAUUUUGUUAAGAAAGAUGAAAAAUUGGUUCAAGAUGCUGAAGAUAGUUUUAGACGUGACUUGUGAGUGAAGACAAAGAGCUCAAAAAGAACUCUGAAGAUGGAACUGGAUUUGUAUGGAGGUGUGGGAAGAGUAUUUUGGAGUCUUUUAGGACUGAAACUGAAUGAAGUUGGCCUUGUUAGCUCCGAUGAAGGAGAUAAGGCUCUUUCAGUACAUUUGGUUAAUAGCAUGGAUGUAUCUUAUCUUAAGAGAGUUUCCGGCCUGAAGUCAUGGAAGCUUUGGCCAAGCACGUAUGAAUUUCUAGAAAUUAGUCAUAAUUCAUUCCAAAGGAGAGCACAAGGAUUUCUGAGGAUCAAAUCAGAGAAAUGGCUCUUCAGGAUGGUUUCUAAGGCAACUAAAUCAGUCAGCUUGGCUGGGUUAGACCUACAAGAGAGAAGUAUGAAGAAGGUUAUUGUUCAUAGCCAAGUUUAUAACUUAUCUCUUUGUGAAUGCCAGAUUGUUGUGCCAACCAAGCAAGGUUGGCCUAGAUUAAAGCAAGUCCAGAACAAGGUUUUGCAAAAACUUAUGAUUACAAGUUGUCAGAUUCUGAGCGGAAAUGAGUCUGAGGAACAAUCUGAGUCUUUUAGUGCUUUUUUGGAUCUUUUUGAUGAGGUUUGUGUGGUUUUAGGCCAGAUAGAGCUGAAGGAGCUAGGGGUGAUCUCUGAGGAGGGUAUCUUGUACUUGAAUUCUGAAGAUUUAUUGAAUCUGCCAAAUUGGAAUAUCGAAAGUGAGCCUAAAAGGUUAGUCAAUGCAGGAGCAAGUAAUGCACCUCAGAAUAUAUACUUGCCUGGAUAUAUUUUGAAAAAGAAGUCAAAAGAGGACUCACAAAACUGUUCUAAAAGAGGUUGAAUAAUCCAAUAAAAUAUCGGAUCAAUAUUUG